AUGAGUGAAGAAACCGUAGCACCAACCAGCACGCCGGAGACCGCCUGCGAUGCGAAGAUUCUAUUUCGCCAACUAAAACCAUUUCCGGUGAUCGACGAGAAUAACAAUUUUAAAAUUGAAACCGAACACUUUCUCGAAUCGUCCAAUCAAAUCAUCGAUGCUCUCGCAUGCUUCGGAAAGCUGUUUUCCCCCAUCGUUAGAGAUAUGCGACAGAACGUGCAGAAAAUAACGGAUAAAUACAAACAGAACGAAACGUUGUUCAAGUACUUGGAGGAUUUGAUUCUGAAGGACAAGGAUGGCAACGAUGUUCCGUUUGACACGGUGACCGAUGGUUUGAUGUGGCUGAAAAGAGCCUUCGAGAUGAUUGAACAAUUCUUUCGCAGUAUGCUGCAAGACGAGACAUGCAGCGAACAGGUGAAACCAUACCUAAAAAAGGCGUACGAAGAAUAUUUGCUGCCAUUUCAUGGAUUUCUGGCACAAAAAGCGUUUCAGCUGCUGCAAUUAUAUGUACCAACGCGAUCAUCGCUUCUCGGGACGGCGGAAUCCAAUUCAGAUAAUUUAAAGGCGCUUGGCGAAUUUUUAGUGCUGUUUCGUGCCACUUUGGAUCAUCUUAAUGAAUUCUACACCAAGCAUGACUUACAUAGAACUUACAAAGCGUAA